AGCAGAAGGAACUCAAAACAUGUGCGAGCAGCUGCGAAAAACAUGGCGCUACCCACAAAUGCAGCUCGUCUCUGUCGCCUGGCAGGACGGACUGUCGCCUCCGUGCUAGUUAAACACAGGCGGACUGUCAGCCUGCCGACGACAAGAUGCUAUAUAUCCACCUCGAUGGGGAAUAAUGUUCAGUUCAGGCUUGAUGAGCGAACCGCCCAUAGCAGUCUGGACCUCUUCAAAAAAGACACAGGUGUGAUCUACCGCAUGCUGGGCAUAGACCCCAGCCACGUGCAGGGCAACCCUGAGCGUUUCCGGGACUGGGCCGUCGUGUUCGGCGAUGAGAAGAUCAGCAGCGGACGACAUUACUGGGAAGUGACGGUCAAAAAGUCUCAGGAAUUCCGUCUUGGUGUGGCCGAGGCCCUAAUGUCCCGAGAAGACUGCGUGGGUACCAACAGCUCCUCCUGGGUGUUCGGCUAUGCUCAGCGCAAGUGGUUUGCUAUGACCAGCAAUAAAAUAGUUCCUGUGACGCUGGUGGGCAAGCCAGACCGCGUUGGGCUCCUGCUGGACUUCGAAGGCGGCCUUCUGGGGCUUGUGGACAUCGAAAAACCCAGGCUCAUUCACAGCAUCAGGGUCCAGUUCAAGGCUCCCCUCUGCCCUGCUUUUGGACUUUGGGAUGGGGAGCUGCUCACACACUCUGGGCUGGAGGAGCCAGAGGGGCUGAAGUGAAGCAGGAUGAACCAUGAUUCUGAUAAACAUCGUGGACAUGAAAGGUGACAGGCUCGCAUUCAGAAAUGGGCAGUAACCAUCAGUAUGGUGCAGAAAAAAGCAAUAUCAACGUGGAUAUCAUUUACAGGGUGAUUGCAAGCAAUUAUUCAAUUUCUGUGGUACUGUUUCAAACUGAUGACUCUUAAUAAUGAAACUUAAUACUUAAUGUAUGCCGUCCAGCCUCAGGCAGUCUUUUCACAUAUGCAGUUUCUGUGCAUACCUCAAGUAUUACUCUUUUUUUUUUUCUUUUUUGACGAUCAUUAACUGCCAUAGUGUCUUAUGCUGUACCUGAAAUACCUACCAGUUUCAAAGCGGAUAUCAACACACAAAACAAAAUAGUCUGAACUCAUGUUCAAAUGGUAUAUUGUUUAAUAAAAUUACUUCAAUUAAAAUA